UCGCCGCUUUUCGCCAUGCGCCCGCUUCCUCGCGCUCGCCUCUCUCUCUCUUUCUAUCCUUCCCUUUCUCUUUCGCUCGCUUUCGUUCGCGUUCUCGCUUUCGCUCUCCCUACGUUUUCCUCCCUGCCUCGCACUCUUCGACUAUUAACGGAAACAAACGCGUUUCCAUUUUUUUUUUCACCGCCGGAUUACGUCCGUGAUACGUCGCUGUAUUCUACCAGCCGCUCCAUGCUCCCUAUAAAUGCCAUGGCACAGAAAGUGGUACCAGGAUCAGAGUCGGGAUCGAUGAAGCCCCUGACCGGCAGUGGACUGAGCUAUGUCACGCUACAGCCACCCAGUCAGCCGCUCAGUCUGGUGCAGGAUCACAGACCCUCGGUAUACCAGACCCCGCCAUACAUCGGAAGUAACAUGGAGAAGGAACCGGAGGCUGAGAAGCUGAUUCCGAACGGUGUCGAGAUUACGAAAACCGAAACCGAGCAAGAUGUGCCUGCUGUUGUUAAGCAAAAUGAGUCCAACAGGAACAACAAUCUAAGUCCUGAGACUCCUGCUCAAGAACAACCGUGCGAAGUGCAAUCGGAACAGGUGCUAACAACUUUAAUGGAGUUUCCCCUGAAUACUCCGGUAUGCCCCCCAGCACAAAAUAAGGUUGAGGAAAAGAAGAUUCCUGUAAAUAAUGGAUCAAAGGAAUCAGACGGCAAAACUGUCAAUACUUCUGUACAUAUAAAACAAUCUCCACAUAAGCCAGAAGAAACACAAGUGAAGAACGAAGUUCCAAAGGCAAAACCCACAAAUCAGAGUUUGAAAGUAUCGAGCGAUAAUGCCGCUGCGACAGUAACUAGUACACAUAAACCUGACGCGAAAGUCACUACCUCUCCCAAGACAACUAAACGAAAAUCUAGAGAACUGAAAGAUUUGAAGGCAGCAUCCGCUGUAGUCACUGACGAAGCAAGUAAACCUAAGAGAAACCGGAUUCAAACCCAGCCCUAUCAAAGUCCAUUGCCGGAGAUCGCUUUACUGGUCAAAAAUCUCAGCAAAACUCCUGGUGGUUCUAAAGCUCCUGACGACAAACUCAUCGUAUUCUAUAAAAACGAAUUUUUGGCUGUGAGAAAUGCAGAAGGAAGCUUUUAUGUUUGUCAAGCGAUGCAAAACAUCUACAAAUCGAGCAGACGCAUCCGCAUACGUUGGCUAUCUCAAGAUAAAACCAAUGGUGAAUUCUAUUCACCUGAUUUCUAUGAUACCAUAGAUUUUGAUUGUAUAUUAACAAAUCUGAACCUAAGCAAGGUCGACAAACAUAAAUUCUGGUUAACCAGAAUAGAACUGCUGCGUACAGAAAAUAUCUUGAAACGGGCUAUCGAUGUUGAGGCUGGGGUAUCUGAAAAACCUCGAGUUACAGAAGAACAUCCCGAUGGACUGGAUCUGUCGCUUUAUAAAGAUGAGUCGCAGCUGAAGAGAAGAAAAGGCUUGCACAACGAGAAGCCGAAUCGUAAAAAGUCUAAGCGUGUCGCGAGUUCUACGGAUGAUGACGCGGACGAGGAAGAAACAGAUCGAAAUCGAAAAGCAUCCAAAGUGAGUCGCUCGAAGAAACGAUCGGUCAAAGCAUUGGCGAUCGCUAAAUCUGUCGCGAAAGGCAGCAGCAGAGCAGAGAGAGCGCUAAACAGAAGCACGAAAUCUGGCUUGGACAACGAUCUUGUUACUACUACUACUACUGUUACUGCUGCUGCUGCAGCUGCCACUACGUCUAUCGUGACUACUGCUACGGCUGCUACACCAGUUGCCACCACUACUACUACUGCUGCUGCUAGUGCUCCUGCAACUGCUGCUACCACUACAACCACUACAACUACUGUCAGUCCCGCCACCAAUGUUUCCGCCGUAGCGGAUACCAAAAAUAAUGUAGAAACGAAGAAGUUGGAUUUAAAGAAGAACGGCAAGCAGCAAAGUAAUAAUGGCACCAGAGGGGUUCCAAGAACAAAACCCGGAGGUUCUGCUCAAGCCACACAGCAAUCGAGUAAAAUAGCAGGACGUCCGAAGCGUGUGGCCGCUACCACCGGCGUUGUUUCGACUGAGGAAGCACCAAGGAAGAAACCACGCGGUCGGGCAUAAAAUUAACUUAAGCGUUGCUUUUUUAUGCUACAGUUACAGCCGAGUCUGUAUCGUAGGCAAUAUGUACGUGUGGUACACCACUUAAAAUUGCAAUCAAUUUGUUAUGUAAUAUAUACAUGUACGGAUCUCAAGAUUCUUAAAUGUAUCAUGUUCUGCGAUAAUAUUAUAGUCCAAUGAUACGGGAUCAACGACUUGUGUCUCUGAUUCGUCAAGUCGCAUUUGAAAAAAAAGUAAAAAAUAAAAAUUAAGGAAAAGAGACUCAGAGAUUUAUGCGAGCGAUAUUGUGAUAUCAUGCAAAAUUUGUACAUAUCGUCUACGUCUCAGACUCCUUCAGGGGAAGAAAGUCACGGAAUGUGUGGGAACGGUACCUUGAGUUGAGUAAUAACUAAUCUACAGGGUGUCACAUACUAAUGCACUCUUGCAAUAGUCUAUUUUUGAUGUUGUGAGUGAACCGUACGUGAUUCAGUUAAUUUUAAUGUACACUUUCCAUUGGAUAUGAUAUACACUAUGUACAAAUAUACAUGUCUGGGAGAGGUAGGAGUUAUAUGUAUUCUGUAAAACAGAGAGAAAGAGAGAGCGUAAGAGUAAGAUACAAAGAAAUGAAAAAAAUAGUGUCGAUAAAAAAACGAGAACAAUCCCGAGUAUUACCGAUCCCCCGAGUUAAUUCUCGGUCGAUCGAUCGGUAAAGGAUUUCGAAGUACAAUACAUUUCUGUACAUUAUGCUGAAUCCUUGCUGUUAAAAAAAAAAAUAGCACGUAAAAAUGGUCCAGCGCCUAUAUAAAGACAAGCAGAGUAAAGAAGUGCCCUGAAUUGUCUCCUUGUCGAGUCAAGGAUUCGCGAGAGACUCGCGAGCGGAAAGUAGCACGUUGCUUAUAGUUUGUUUUUUCAAUUCGCACUUGCGACGGCCCGUUGUAAAAUCGCAGGGUUCGUAAUUGAACAGAUUGAGAGAGAGAGAGAGAGAACGAGAGCGAGAGAGUGGUGCCACAUUAUUACGAUUUUAGUUAUAUAGACGUAAUUUUUAGGAGAAGAGAAAGAAACAAUACUUAUUUAGAGCGAUAAGUCUUGAAUUUUAAUUGUAUAAAUCUUGAUUUAUAUACGUGUUAAUUUUAAUCUCCCUUUUUUUUCAUCGAAGGUUAUAGAAUGACGAAGUGUACAUUUAAUGUCAUAUAUUAAGACAGUUAUGAUUUAUAUAUUUCGCCAAAUUUAUAUAAAUUUACAUAUAUUUUAAUAUAGCGCAUAUUUUAUAUUCUGUACGUUUGUUGCGAAGAACGCAAGCUUGUGUCAGUGUAUUUUUUUUUCCGUGGAGAAACCGUUAAGAACGUGUAUCAUUUGAUUCAUGUAAUGUGUAAUGAGACAUGUAUGUUUCUCUUUUUAUACACUAUGACAGUAGAGAUACGAGGAUCUUGCGAAGCAGAUAGAUUAUUUAUAAUGUUGUAAGAGGUCGGCGGCUUCGAGCAUUAACGACGGAGUAUCCGUAUACGUCGUCGACCGCGAGGAUAGAUUUCUUUUGAUUAGGAUUCCGUGUCGGGAUAUGUGUGUAAACAUGUGUAUUUUAUACAUCAAACCGUUAAAGUACUGUUGUUUUCUUGCUUGAUUUCGCCCGGACGUAAAGCGUGUACAUAAAGCGAUUAGAUAAUCAAAAUUGUGCAUACGAGUGUUAACCUACCGAUGGGACCUUCCUUCGUGGCGUUCCGAGUGAAAUUAGGACGAUCACACAUUGCAAUUCGCUUAGCACGCAUCACACGACACCCGCUUUUCAUUUAUGCAAUUCUCUCGAUAAUCGCUUAUUAUUUCUCGAUGAUCAUGGGCGCUUAUACGUUGAGUGCAAACACGUGACCCCCCCCCCCCCGCGGCGUCGUUUGAGAAAGGAAAGAACACUAAGAACAUAGGCAUAUCGACCUCUGCUCGAAAAAAAAACGAAGAUGAUAGAAUACGAUUAUAAUUAUAACUAAAUGGUUAAGGUGGAAUUUUUAAUUCUCGAGAUGGGACACGCAUACACGAGUAAGAUAUCAAUCCUGUCAUACUUGGUCCAUUGCACAUUGUAUUUGAGAAAUAUACGCAUACAAGGCAUACUGUAUAAAUUUAAGUAAAGAAUUCUAAUAACAAUA